AAAUUACACCAAAUUUGGUGUUUUGAUGUCAAUUUUUUUUUGUCAUAUCCAACAAUAACAUCAAAUCUUACAUCAAAAGCAAUAUUAUAUAUUAUUUAAUGUUUUCAGUUUUAAAACUUUUAUAUUUCUAUUAUUUGUAAUUGAUGAAUAAUAAUAUAGAUUAUAUUUAUAUUUUAUUAUUUGUAAGUGAUAAAUAAUAAUAGUUAUUUACUUAUUUAUUUUGAAUAUAAUAAUAAAAUUAAAAUUAAAAUUUUAAUCAUAUGAAAAUAAAUUAAAAAUACAAAUAAUAUUAUAUUAUUUAUGUUUAAUUACAAAUUUGAUAGUAAUUGAUCUAUAUUAUUAAAUGAAACAUAUUAAAAUGUAUUUUAGAAAUUUUGUGUGAUGAAUAUUACUGCACCAAAUGUGAAAAUAAAUUUAAAAUAAAAAUAAUACAAUAUAUUUAUGUUUAAUUACAAAUUUGAUAGUAAUUAAACUAUAUUUUUAAAUGAAACAUAUUAAAAUAUGUAUUUUAAAGAUUUGGUGUGAUGGUAUCAAAUUUGGUGCUUUGUUGGAGAUGAAACCACACCAAAUUUGGUGUUUUGGUGUCUUGUUGGAGAUGGUCUUACGUGUGUUUUCAAAUUUAAUUCAAAUUAAUUAUUUGAUGUUAACGCUGUCUCCCAUGUGAGCUAUGCCUCGAAACUAGAGGAACGACUUUGGCAGAAGAAACUGAAUGUUUUAAUUUUCUCAGAGGUGAAAAGGGCAUAUAAAUAUCUAUUAUUAGGCUUUAGCAGAAUAAACUGAAUGUUUACUUAUUUGUUGGCAUCUAAUGUUUACUCUUGAUAAUGGGUGUACACCGAUGAAGUUGAUAUUUUAAUUAUCAGUCUUGAGAAUACUGAAAUAUGAACACUUUCAACGUUGACAUCCUAAAUGUUAAAAAGAGUUAGUUAAUAUUUUGUUUAGAAAAGUUAAUAUUUCCAAAAAUCUAGACUAUACUAUUCAUUCAGUUACAAAAAAUACAAAACUAAGUAAUAUAUAUUGGAAUAUGUUAUAUUUCCCAAAUAGAUAAAGUCGGUUUAGAUACCUUUCCAUAUUCAACUAGGUUUGAGAUCUUGUACUUUGUAUAAAUAUACGACCUUGUGAUCUGAGAAAAACAACUUGAACAUUCAUAGAUUCAGUAUUUGUCAUGGUAUCAGAACCAUCGAUCUGAAAACCUAAAUAAUUUUUUUCUUCUUUAUUGCCUCUCGGCACAAGUUCUCUUCUUCCUCCUCUGUUUUCUUUUCGAAAAACAGAGUAACCUAACGAAACAGAGUACACUAAACCCCUCGGUUUUUCUAUCCUAUCUCCUCUAGUGAUGUCUGUCCAGACAGUUCAACAAGAAAAACGUAAGACAAUAUCUCCUUACGAUUUAACUUCCGGAGAUAAUCCUGGAGCUGUGAUCUCGCAACCUCUUCUUAAUGGGAAUAACUAUGAUGAAUGGGCAAUUAACUUACGUAUGGCUCUCAGCUAGCGUAAGAAAUUUGGCUUCUUGGAUGGUAGCAUACCGAAACCAUCAGCUGAUUCAUCGUACCUGAAGAUUGGACUGCAAACAACCACUUACCUGUUGGCUGGAUUAGGCAAACAAUAGAGCCCAAGCUUCGAUCUUCUAUAUCAACCUGAGAAGUUGCCAAAGACUUAUGGGACAUCAUCAAAAAGCGAUUCUCCAUCAAGAGUGGAGCUCGUCUUCAACAACUUCGUAAUUCGCUCGCGACGUGCAAGCAAAACGGAUCUUCUGUCGAUAAUUACUUCGGUAGGUUAACAAAAUUAUGGGAUGGGAUUGCAGAGUGUUUAAACACCAAACGGUGUGAAUGUGGCAAAUGCACUUGUGAUCUCAAUGCUGCUCAUGAAAAGGAGACAGAAACUCUCCACAUCCAUGAUUUUCUCGCUGGAUUAGAUGAUUCUGUUCACGGCGUCAUCAGGUCUCAGUUAUGUGCGAUUUCACCACUCCCUGAUCUCGAUAGUGUCUAUCAAACCGUGGUUCAGAAUGAAACAAUCCGGUCUACAGUUACUCAAGACGCAGCUGUCAUGAGUUUUGCUACACAGGCUCCACCGCAACGCUUUCCACAAAACACUUCAACAGCUUAUUCUCGUGACAUCUCGAGACAGAAUGGAUAUGAUGUACCACCUCGUACUGGUCCAGGAAACUUUCCAGGAAACAGAGAUAUGUCUCGUACAUGCACAGUGUGUGGUCGUAAAGGUCAUGAGGCUUCUUCAUGCUUUCGGGUUGUUGGCUAUCCGGAUUGGUAUGGUGGAGAUAAAUCUCGCUCUAAACCUUCAACAAUGAAUCGUGGUCGUGGCACACCAGCUCGGGCAAACUCGACUCAAAUAGCUACUGCUAACUCUGCUGCAACGGCUUCCAACGCUACUCUUACUGAUGCUGAUCGACAAGGCUUUACUAGAAUUACAGAUGCGCAGUGGCAACAAAUUCAACAAGUUCUUGGAGUCGGAAAAGCUACUGAACGACUGAGUGGACCGCACUUUGAGGAUGCUGAUUGGACUGGGUGAACGAGAGAGAGAGGGACUAUACUGAUUUCGCGGAUUGGAAUCACCAACGGCUAUGCAUACAAGUGUUCCGGCUGAUCUUCAUCUGUGGCACAGUCGUUUAGGACAUCCAUCCCCACGAAUUACUAGCUUGGUUCCUGGAAUUAGUAAAUCUUCUAUGACUAGAGAUGCGUUAUUUCAGAAUUGUGAUAUUUGUUUACGAGUAAAACAGACUCGUCAGAUUUUUCCAGAAAGUUUAUCUAAUGCUAAAGAAAGUUUUGAUUUGAUUCACUGCGAUUUAUGGGGUCCUUAUCGCACUACUGCGUUUUGCGGAUCACGUUAUUUCCUUACUAUAGUUGAUGAUUUCUCCAGAGCAGUCUGGUUAUAUUUACUUCCUGGCAAAACGAGAGUCGCACAACAACUUCGUGACUUCUUGGAGAUGAUUGAAAGGCAGUUCUCCAAGAAAAUCAAAACUAUACGAUCUGAUAAUGGCUCAGAGUUUCUCUGCCUCACGAGAUACUUUACGGAAAAUAGGAUUUUACAUGAAACAUCAUGUGUUCAUACACCUCAACAAAACGGACGAGUCGAGCGCAAGCACAUGCAUAUCCUUAAUAUUGCAAGAGCACUUCGAUUUCAGGCACAUAUGCCUAUUGAGUAUUGGGGCGAGUGUGUUCUUGCCGCAGGCCAUAUUAUAAAUCGUACUCCAUCGGCUCUACUUGGCAACAAAACGCCAUUUGAAAAGUUAUAUGGGUCUGCGCCCUCGUAUAAGCACUUGCGAGUCUUCGGUUGCUUGGCUUAUGCACAUAAUCUUGAUCACAAAGGUGAUAAGUUUACAUCUCGCAGUAGUCGCUGUGUCUUUCUUGGUUACCCGUAUGGCAAGAAAGGAUGGAGGCUGUAUGAUAUUGACCGCAAACUAAUCUUUAACUCGCGUGAUGUUGUGUUCAGGGAGAAAAAUUUUCCAUUCCAGACCAUGCUCUCAGAUUCUACAUCGGCUCCUGCUAUAGUUAAUUCUCCAGUUCUAUCCGGUUUCAGUGAGGAUGAUGGUUCAGACUUGGAAACAAAUCCGCCUAAGGUGACACAAACGCCUCCUGAUCCAGAGCUUGCGAAUGUCCCUACUGAACUACUUGGCAGAGGUCACCGUGUUAAGAAGCCAUCGACACGACUUCAAGGCUUCGUAGCUAAUGCGGUUCAGCUCUCUCCAGUAUCUCUCUCUCUCUCACGCCACCUUCAUCCUGUCCACAGCAUCUCUCAGGUCCAGUAUAUCCUAUCUCAGACUAUCUAUCUUCUGAUAAUUUUUUCAAGAAACAUCGUCUGUUUAUAUCUGCUUUGGCAGCAUGUGUAGAACCACGCUCUUUUGCAGAGGCUAUGAAAGACAAAGUGUGGCGUGAUGCAGCUGCAGUGGAAAUUCGAGCCUUAGAGGACUAACAUAAUGGGAUCUCACAGUC